UUCUGAGUUCUCGCGAGAUCUUACCAGCGUCCAGACGGCAACGAGAUGAGCCAUGGCAAUAGAAAACAACCCAGAGGAGGAAUUUGACACAGUUUUCAGUCUAAAUGACUCCCUGCAGCUCUCCUCCCAUUCAGAGCAAGACUGCGGAAAGGCACGAAUCUUCAAGAUAAUUGUCAUAGGGGACUCAAACGUGGGGAAGACGUGCUUAACUUACCGCUUCUGCGGGGGCACUUUCCUGACAAACCCAGAGGCGACUAUCGGGGUGGAUUUCAGGGAGAGGACGGUGGAGCUGGACGGAGAGAGAAUCAAGUUGCAGAUUUGGGACACCGCAGGUCAGGAGCGUUUCAGGAAGAGCAUGGUGGAGCACUACUACCGCAGCGUUCACGCCAUCAUCUUUGUGUAUGACGUGACCAAUCUGCCCUCCUUCGAAAGCAUCCCUGAGUGGAUUGAAGAGUGCAGCAAACACUCCGUGGGGCCCCUGGUGCCACGUAUCAUAGUAGGAAACAAGUGUGACCUGAGGGAACACCGGCAGGUGCCCACCUCUGCUGCUCACUGUCUUGCUGACAGCUAUAACUUCCCCCUUUUCGAGACUUCGGCCAAAGACCCUGCUGAGAAGGAGCAUGUUGAUGCCAUCUUUCUGACUUUAGCUUAUCGACUUAAGAGCCACAAACCUCUGAGACUGAAGCAGCUAAGUGAGAGCUGUGUCAGGCAGCUGAGGGACCAGAGAGAGCAGGAAACAACGUCGUGUCAGUGCUAAGGUUAACCUGUGGACUCAUAAAGUGGACAAAAGCCCACGGCAGCCGACAGAACAUCUAUUCAAAACCAACUUUUGUCACUAAAUUAGUGAGCAGCAUUUAAAAAGUGGAAAGAAGCUUUCUCUGAUUUCUAAAAAUGUUUUCUGGCUGAUGUGAGGCACAGCUCAUGGUCAUCACAGCAAAGUUGGAGCAAUGUUUAACCAAUAUUUCAACAAAACGCAUGAGUGAAUGUGGGGUUAUAUCAAGCAUUUGCAGUUAAGAAGAUAAUUAGGAAUGACAUGCAACUUCAAAAUCUAUCUCUCUCUGGCAGAAUUAUCUAUCAUCAAACUACAAUUCAGACAGGUGGACAGAAAAUUAAAAGAAAUAGAAGUGUUUAACUUGACCAAAGCAGAUAGAAUGUCAAUAAAACUGUGAAGAAAAUUGAA